GAGGCGAUCCUCAUAUAAACGGCUGAGUAUUCAGCUUUGACACAUUUUUAAUGCCAUGAUCUGCGGACGAAUGCGGACAAGAUCAGCACUGACUAUCGUGUUAAAAAAGAAAAGGUUUCACGAUCGUUUGAGGAUUACGCUGCCUUCCACAUCAGGAUGGACCGCUUGACUAUAAUUGUCUUGCUGCUGGUGCCUUUAAUCAGUGGGGAAAAAAUACAAACUGGACGGAACCAAGAGACUGAAUAUGCAACUAAUCGGGUGAGAAGAACCAAUCAAGAUCCAGGAAUUCCUCGAGACUGGCAGUGGUACUUGAAAGAUACUACAGUUUCAAUGGGUGUCGAGUCCGCUUGGAAUGCCGGGUAUACUGGCAAAGGAGUUUUUGUGGCUGUAGUAGACGAUGGAGUUAACAUGAAUCAUCCAGACCUAAGAUCUAACUUCAACGUCAGUACCAGUUACGACUUUAUGAUGAACCGCCAAAUAAAUAGAUUCUACAGCCCUGGCAGUCAUGGAACAAAAUGUGCUGGGAUCAUUGCAGGAGGAAACAAUGAUAAUUGUGGAGUAGGAAUAGCAUACAACGCCAAAAUUGCAGGUAUUCGAAUAUAUGAUGACUCCACCAAAUCAACAGAUUUAUCAGAAGCAAAGGCCUUGAGUUACAAAAAUCAAUUAAUCGACAUCUACUCCAACAGUUGGGGACCUGGUGACAUGGGCUGGCGAGUGGAAGGACCAGGUCCCCUCUUAACAAAGGCUAUGGAAGAGGGAGUCGAAAACGGUCGCCAUGGGAAAGGGUCCAUCUUUGUCUUCGCCGCAGGCAAUGGUGGUUUCACAGGCGACAGUUGCGCCUUUAACGGCUACGUAAACAACAUCCACACAAUUGCUAUCUCCGGAGUUAACUGGGACGGCUCGGUACCAGCUUUCACAGAGCCUUGUGCGGGCAUCAUGGCUGUCACCUAUGGAAAAGACAUGUUUACCUACACAACGGAAGGAAACGUUAAACCUCCUUUGAUAACUACAGAAGGAAGCAGUGGUUGCACGGAGGACUUUCCAGGAACCUCAGCCAAUACCGCAUUGGCUUCUGGGAUCAUUGCUCUGACUCUACAAGCCAAUCAAGAUCUGACAUGGCGGGAUGUCCAACAUUUGAUAGUGAGAAGCUCUCAGCCGCUAGAUUCCCCCGCCGUGAGCCAGAGGCGCUCAACACCUUCCUGGAGCACUAAUGCGGCUAACCUGCCGGUGAGCAGAUUUUAUGGGUUUGGACUCAUGGAUGCUUCAUUGAUGAUUAGAUAUGCAAAAACUUGGGUUUCUGUUCCACAGCAACUGUCUUGUGAAAUCCCUUACAAAAUCUCAGGAUCUGCUUGGCCACAAAUUCCGUGGACUGGACAAUUAGAUCUAACUUUGUCUGUGAACGAGCACCACUGUGGCAUUCGAUUCUUGGAACACGUUCAAGUGAAAAUCGACGUCACUUUCCCUCGACGAGGAUACCUGGAGAUGAGUUCAGAAUCACCGAGUGGAACCCAGUCCAAGCUCCUUUAUUCACGAAAGUACGACAGUUGGACUGGCUACAAAAAUUUUAAAAACUGGAAAGUAACAAGUUUACAUUACUGGGGGGAGAAUCCUAUUGGAGACUGGCACAUGACGUUACGAAACUCACAGCCACAUAGAAACAGUAGAAAUGCUCAAGACCGACUAAUCGAAAGAGUCAAGAGAAGAUUGUGGUCAGCACCAACAACACCAACGAAAAUUGACGGAGGAUAUUCAAACUGGUCUUCCUGGUCUCAGUGUACUGUAACGUGUGGUGAUGGGACUCAAUAUCGUAGUCGUUCAUGCAACAAUCCAAUUCCUUUAAACGGAGGAGCGCAGUGUGUGGGAAGUGCUCAAGAAACAAGGAAAUGUCCCUUCAACGUGUGCCCGACUCCAGGCAUUCCAAUAAAUGGCAACUACUCCCAGUGGACUGAGUGGUCACAGUGCACCCAGUCAUGUAAUGGAGGAACUCAACAUCGCUCGAGGGAAUGUGAUAAUCCACGACCGGCAAAUGGUGGGAAUGACUGCAGAAAAAUGGGACAAGCUACGCAGUACAGAAAAUGUAACCCACAGAAUUGUCCAGUUGAUGGACGUUACUCUCCGUGGAGCAGCUGGAGUGUGUGUAGCAGGACAUGUAACGGGGGAUAUAAGCGUCGUUCUCGUACCUGUACCAAUCCCCCGCCAGAAUUCGGUGGACGAAACUGCAGGAGACUGGGAUCUGCUACACAGUCACAACAGUGUAACACACAAAAAUGCCCAGGUUACGUAUUCUCAUUGACAUUAAUCCUUUUUGGAACAAGAGAAGAUCCUCUGGCAAACAAUCUUCAUGUAGAUAGGAAGACGAAGAAAAUGAACCGAGUUGAUAUCGAAGAAAGAAAAAGAGAUAUUCCAAUUCACGGUGGCUGGUCACAAUGGAGUCGCAGAUGGUCUCGUUGUAGCAAAACAUGUGGAGGAGGAACUCAGACUCGUUCUCGGGCAUGUACCAGUCCCCCUCCGGCUAAUAGAGGACGAGAUUGUAGUGGUCCUGGUGAACAAUCACGUAGAUGUAACACCCGUCCCUGCCCAACUCCACCGACGAACGCAACUUGCACAAAUACUGGAGGUGACAGAAGAUGUGAUUUAUGGAGACAAUACUGUAACUCAAGUGAUUACGUUCGAACUAAUUGUGCGAAGACGUGUAACACUUGUCCAGUUUGCAAGAACUCUCUAGAUGAUUCUUACUGCCGCCGGCAUGCAAAAGACUGCAGCAGGCCAAUCUUUUCAGGAUACUGUCAGAGGACAUGUGGCACUUGCAAAGGAUAAUUUCCUUCCGUGUGAUAAUUGAAAGUUGUAACAGUUUCCAAAUCAAAGAUCUUUUAUCUACUGAAUAAUCAAUUUCGUCUUCACAUAUGGAAAGUCGUCAUUUUUGACGAAAAAUCUCAGUCAUUUAGAAUUAUUCUAUUAAACGACCAGCCACGUGUUGAUUUUAAAAACGUGUUGUUGUCAGGGUAACUGGCUUCAUUUCCAAUGGCACUGUGUCGUUUGACCUCUUUUGGCGGGCUUUUACGUUUGACAGUUGGUGACGCACACCUCCUAAGAUAUGGUUGCCAUUGGAUACGAGGAGGGUGGCCUGAGACAACACCGUAGUUUUAAGGUCAAAACCUCGUCACCAAACCAUUACCGUGCCUCACUCAACUGGUAACAACAGUAGCAACUUUCCUUAGUCUUGUAUUGAUAACUUUCUUUUUAAGAAUCAUUUCAACAAUAAAAAAGGUGGAAAGAUGAUGAUAAAUCCUACCUUUUCUAUGACUUUUAGUAUCGUGUUUUUCGUACAAGUCUGCGGCUUAAGCUUUCAGUAAGAAGGUUAUUCCUGUCCAAUCUCUUUAGCUUUUGAUAUGUAUAACAUACUGUAGUACUAUAUUGUUUUAAAAUAAAGUGAAAAUUUAUUUCA